AUGGCAGCUGCCUUGGCAAGCGCUGAGGGCAAGGAUCUUGAGCAGAAGAUCAAGUCUGAGAAAGAUUGGCGCCAUCAGUACCAUGUUCACUUGGACGCCCUGAUCGAGCGGACGCUGAGAAUACAGGAUGGGACUGCGCUGCAAGACAUCCUGAAAACCGGCCUUGAGAAGGCACGCGCGAUGCAGUUCGAGUGCGCUGAUGGCAAAUAUGUCGCUUUAAGUGCAGCCAUGUCAGCACCAAGUGUGAAGUUUCAGACUGUCACAGUGCAGGGAGAUGGUGCUCCCACAGAGAGAUUUUUCCUGCCGUAUGGCGGAAGGCAUCUGAGUGGAGAAGAGCUCGACUCGCAGUGCGACAAGUGGGCCGACUAUGGGACAAUGGAACCAGACUGUGCUGCAGCCAUAAAGAUCGGCGCGAGACAGCUGGGCAGCCUCGCCGGCAGGACUUUUCUUGUGCUCGGCGCAGGGUCCGAACUCGGGCCGGUGCGACCGUUGUUGCAGGCUGGUGCAACCGUAGCUGCCGUCGCGACUCGCCGGCCCAAGCGAUGGGCGGACUUGAUCGCCUUCGCUAAAAAGUCAGCCGGGAAGUUGCUGGUGCCAGUCUUGGGCAACCAGCCUGCCAACGAUGAGGAUCUCGCAGCUGUUGCUGGAGCUGACCUGCUAGCCGAAGCGCCAGCAGUGGUCGACUGGAUGCGACGUGUGGCCAAGGAGGCGCCUGGCAAGGUGACUCUUGGAACCUACCUGUAUGCAGAUGGUGAAGCGAAUGUGCGACUCACCGUUGCAGCCGACUACGCGGUGGAUGCUCUGAAACCACUUGGAACUGACAAAGUCAGUUUCGCCUACCUUGCGAGCUGCGGCACAUCGACCGCGAUUCCUGCGGAGGCGCUUCAAGCGCAAGAGCGGAUCUUCCAGACCUCUAGCCAAUGGGCAAAGAUGUUCGGCAAGAGACAACACACCAGCGACCUGGGCGGCUCACGUGCAUUCCUCAGCGCCUUCGAAGUGUUGCAGGGGCCGAACUAUGCGCUGGCACAGAUGAUGCGUCAAUGGCGUGCUGCUUUGCUCCACGCCGAGGGCUUCGUAGUGUCAAGUCCAAUGGCACCCAUGUGUCGCACAGAGAGCGUAGUGCACAACACUACAAUGGCAGUGUUGCUGGAGGGCUUGGCCUACUGGGCUCCGCUAGAGAGCUACGAUGCAGAAACCGGCCGCAUGGCCAUGUUCGCCUUGCUCAUAUCAGAUUUGCAGGAAGAGCCACCAACGCUGGCCUCGCCUCUCCAUAUUGUGACGCGGAAGUCGUUUCACUCCGGAAUUUGGCGGGCCCCCUUUGCGAUGGCCAGUCUUGGCAAAUCCACUUGGUUUCUGGGCAAGGUGGCUCCGAAGAGGACAGCUAAUUAG